UAGUUUGGCUCAAUACUUGAGCUCAGGUAAGCGGUAGCAGGUAAGAACAGCGCGGAAGACUUUGCUGGACUUACUUUGUUGCUUCUUUCAGCUGCGCGAGCGUAGGGCCGGUCAUGAAUGCGCCGCAAGGGAGCGACGAGCGGGUGGUUUUCACGCAGCUAAAGCCGGUGAGGAUGUCCGGAGCAGCGGAGGGUGCCGAGGACUCAUCCGUGUUUGAGGACGUUAAGCCCGGGGCGCAGUUGGAGAUGGACAAAUACCUCCCCCAGAUCACCAGCUCGCUUUUGAGCCCUGCCAUCGACCUGAGUGACAAGAAGUACCGGCGGGACAGCGCCUCGGUGGUGGAUGAGUACUUCUCCGAGGACAAGCCCGGCGCCCCCUACAGCCUCAACAUCAACGUUAUCCUCCCCAGCUCCUCCCAUUUGCGCACGGGCCUCUAUCGCCACAACACGAAGACCCUGCCCCCGACGCAGAUCAAGACGGAGCCCGGACUGGAGGUGCCCUGCUCCUCCGCCGGCACCCAGGCCCUGCCAGACUUCACCUCGGUGUUCAACGUGCCCCCCGUGGUCAACGGUGUUUUCAUCAAGCCGGACCUGAGCUCCAGUGGCGUCUCCCUUUCCAACGGGUCCCAGCAGCAGCAGAGUUUGGACACGGAGCUUCACAUAGGACCGCCGGCCCCCCAGCCGCAGGUCUACCACAUGCCAGGCAACAGCACAGCGGACCUCAACAUGACUCUGCCCCACUCCGGACCCUCGGCGUCCGGUUCUCGGACCAUGCUGAACCUCGGCAAUGCCAGCGGCGUUGGCGGCUACAUGUUGGCCGAGCACCAGCUGGGGGCGCACCACGGUUACUACCCGGCAUCCGGCGCCCAGCAUGCGGGCCCUCACAGCCUGCCGCCCUCACCGCCAAACUCGCAACCCGGCAGUCCCGAGGCUCAGGCUGAUCUGCUGAGUUUGGCGAGCCAGCCGCCACCUCCGUACCAACAGCAUGUGGUGGGUGGGAUAAAAGUGACGGGGUUGUCCCCUCACGCCAUGCUGAUGACGCACGGCCAGGGUGUCCUGACGGGGCCGAAAUACAAUCGACGGAACAACCCGGAGCUGGAGAAGAGGAGGAUUCAUUUCUGCGACUAUCCAGGCUGUACAAAAGUUUACACAAAGAGCUCGCAUCUGAAGGCGCACCAGAGGACGCACACGGGCGAGAAACCGUACCGCUGCACGUGGGACAACUGCGACUGGCGCUUCGCCCGCUCCGACGAGCUGACCCGACACUACCGCAAACACACGGGCGCCAAACCCUUCAAGUGCGUGGCCUGCAGCCGCUGCUUCUCGCGCUCGGACCACCUGGCCCUGCACAUGAAGCGCCACCAGAACUGAGAAAGCGCCGGGGAUCCUCCGCAGGAAGUGCGGACAAGUCGGAACAUUUUCACUGUGUUUUUCUUCUCUGGGUUCUCCAAACCACAAAACACUUUCCCGCAAGAUGUGGUCAAAAUGUUUCUCACUUUGCAAAUUACGGAAGGGAAAAAAAAAAAAGUUAAAUACAUGGCUAGUGGAGCGCAAAAAUCUCCGGUUCUCACCCCAAAAAAAUUCAUGGUCUUUGUCCCUUUACUCAUGUAUCACCUUUUCCACAAAUUUUUGUCCGAAUUGUUCAGGUCUGGUAUUGACAAACUACGCCCCCCUGCCCCCUCCAAAAAAAAAGUCAAUUUAUGAGUGAAGAAUGAAAUGUAAAAAAUUCUGCUAAAGCUCCAAAAAUUGCACAUGCUGGAACAUUCCUCAAACUUUUCUCAAAAUCUGUUAUGUUACAAAACGCACGUUAUGUUUUUAACUUAAAUGAGAGAAAAAAAAAGAAAUCUUCCUUGGUGGAGCGAAUCAAGCAAUUUGCUUUUUGUAUUCCUCUAUAUUGUAAAGUGGCUAUCAACUAUUUUUUGUGGAUUUUUUUUUUUUUUUUAACAUUCCGUCUUCUCUAAUUCUUCCUCUCGUGAGAAAUUUCUGUACUUUCCGUGGGACAGGUGGACGCCCCGCCCCCGCUUUCAUGUAAAUAAUGUUUAUAUAUCUAUUGUGCAUAUGUGUCUGCAAGGAAAGGACAAAAAAACAAUGAAUGUAUCUAGAUUUAUACUUGAUGUUUUUUUUCUCUCCACGUUUUGUUAAUACAAGUAGAAACUUCCCUUAAGUGCGUCAUUAUAGUAACAUAAAAUGGGACUUAGUCAUGGACUGGUUCUGCCUGUUCUGGCGCUCACAGGGCUCAAGUCGUUAGCUGAUGUUUGUGUCGGUUGCUUCCAUGGCAACCAAGUAGUGUAGUCAACGAUUGUACGAUGUCAUUUUAAAAGAUAAUUU